UUUAGUAGCAUAGCACGUUUAGCAUAAUCGAUCUGAAAUCUAUAUAAUACUUUGUUUCUCGGGCGUGCGAGCACGAGUACGAAUUGGAAGCUCUUAGCAGCACCUGUGUGUGCUUGGACAGGUCGGUUUCGUAUUUCGCGGCGCCGUCAGAGGCAGAGUCGACCCGGUGCAAAAAGUCGUACUAUAGCUAAAUCAGUUAAAUAGAUAACCGUUUGAGUAUCUUAUAUAAAGUGCAAUGAGGAAACAGUUUUAUAAGCGGGGUAACCUGAUCCACACCGAAAAACCGUUUGCUUGUGUCCUCCAGUCACGCUACAGAGAAGAACGAUGCGAUAAAUGCUUCAAGCAAGGAAAAGUCCUGAAAUGCUCAAACUGUUUGUAUACCCGGUACUGCGGCCGAUUCUGUCAGAAGGAGGCAUGGUCGGAGCACCAAGAAGAAUGUGCCAAACUGAAGGCAAUCUCUCCACGAACGGUUCCUGAAGCCGCCCUACUGAUGUCUCGCAUCAUUCGAAAAUUACAUAAAGGAGGAGACUUUGAGAAAGGCUACUAUUCGCCGAAAUACUAUCGUCGCUUUGGGGACCUUAUGACGCACGAAGAAAACAUCAAAAAAGAUGAGAAACGGAUGGAACAUUUCCAGGCGUUGCUUGUGGUUCUUCGCUCACUCAUAGAUGCAGCGAUGAUGCCGAGCAACGUCGAAUUGUUGCAAAUAUUUGGAAAGAUGUGCAUCAACAGCUUUAACAUAUUGGAUGAUGAAAUGAACAGCAUUGGAACAGGAAUAUAUCUAGCUACAUCGGUAAUGGAUCAUAACUGUCGACCAAAUGCGGUAGCUACUUUUGACGGAAACACUAUUCAAAUUCGAUUGCUGGAAGAUUACUUAACUAAAAGUGGAGAGAUGGACAUAUCAAAGAUCUUUAUUUCUUACAUCGAUCUGAUGGAUCCAACUGAUGUUCGGCUUGGACGACUUUCCUCACAGUAUUAUUUUGAUUGCAACUGCCAGCGUUGCAAAGAUGUAGAGGAACUGAAUCUAAUGAAUGCGGGUGCUUGCCCGAACGCUGACUGUGAUGAACCAAUUACGAUGGAAAGCAGCAGUGGUUCGCCUGACAAAUGUCCAAGCUGUGACACUGCCAUUAAACGUGCCGAGCGCGAUAAGUUUCGGGAAAUUUCCACUCUGACUAUGUCUCAACUGGCGGAUAUGAAAGACGUAGCAUAUUUGGACGUGUGUCAACUCUGUUUGAAAAAGCAAGAAAACAUUCUACAUGAUUAUAACGUUUGGUACCUCAAAACACUGGAUCAUGCUUUCGAAAGCGCUAUCAACAUGGAAAAAUGGAGUGAAGCUAUCAACUAUGGGCAUCGCUUGAUAAAUGGAUUCAGCAAAUAUUACGGACCUUUCCAUCCGUUGUACGGAUUGCUGUUGUUAAAGAUAGGUAAAAUUCAACUUUUUGUUAAACAAGUGGAACUAGCUUUAAAGCACAUCAACGAAAGUGAAAAAAUUAUUCGUGUAACGCAUGGCGAACAACACGAUUUAUACAAAAAACAGCUGGUGCCACUUCUCUGCCAAGCCGCCGAUGAGUUCAAUGCAAUGGGCAAAUAAAGACAAAUUACAGUUAUGAUUGUAGAUACAACUUAUUAAUUUAUUUUUGCUAGCACUCUAGCAUUGUUUUUGACAAUAAUAAUAUAGGUACAUGCUAAUCAUUUUAAAGAAAAUGGUCGGUUAAGAAAACGCUACUGAACUUUAACCUUUCUUCUAUUUUCUGAAAAACUAUAAAAUGGAAACUAAAUAUACU